CUCGCCAUCUCCACAGUGUGCUCUUCUUCUUGAAAAAAAUUUAAUUACAUAGAACAUUACCGACUGACACGUAGUGUUAACGGCUAUGGCGUCGCACCCACUGAACCAUGUGAAGCGAGAAGUAGAGUCCAGCCCCACAACCACUGCAACCAUGUUGGAAGUUGCCGUUGUGAAAGUGGAAACAAAGGUAGGAUGCGCAUCUGCAACGACACCUCCCCCUCAUCCUACACCUGGCGGCAGUACGAAUCCUCAGCCUCCCGCUGGAAUGAGCACGUCAACCGCACCGACAAGUGGGGGAGUGCAGGCCCGACCGGCAGAUUCCAAUGGGGAGAUCGAGUUGACCUUCGCCAUGGUGGCGUUCUCCGAUCAAUCAGACACGCUGUUCUUUCAUCCGAAAGGACGUCGACUCUUCCUAGGAUUUCAAACGCUACCGAAUGCACAAGUGUGGCUGCGUCACGAGGGCGACACAAUCCCCCGAGGCAGAGGGGUGUACCUUCAUGGACGAAUGUCAAUCACGUCCAUUGAUGAGAAUACAGAAGAUGAACCAUUCACAAUUUUCUUACGUGUGAAAAAUAGUCGUCGGUCUAAGAAGGAGUUUUUAUUCCAAUUUGAAACCCACGAACUUGCCAAACGGGCUCUUAACCUCUUUAAAAAGCUCCGUGCACAAGACCCGCGGUCUGCCGACAAUUAGAUAAGUUUACGUUGCCCGUCGGGAUGAAAUACUUCAAAGUUCGGCUUUUGGAUUAAAUAAAUACGUAAACUAAUAUUAAUUAUUUGUUCCAUUUGAAUCAGAAUUUCGGGUUAAUUAAGUGAAUACAAUUGUGUAAGCAUGUGUAUCGUAGAAAAUUAUUUUUCAA